AUGGUUUGGCAACACGGCGACCAUCAUGAUAUUCCGCGUCAAUGGCGCAUCAACAAACCUGGCGCAUGGCUUCCAGCUGAUCACCGUGUUCAUCGCGAAUACCUUCGUCGCGUGACUGACCAUGUCGACAAGCACCCCAAUGAGAAGCUGACGCCAGCGCUGCAAGAGCUCAAAGAGUUGAUCGAGGGCAACUCAAGAGUGUAUAUGUAUUUCACUCAAAUGUUCGAAGAAAUCCCAAACAAGCGACCGUAUUGGCACGAUCCCACAGGCACCAAACAAAUUCGCGACUAUCAUCACAUGCUUCAAGUGCUCAAUCACAUUGUCACAAGAGCCCCAGAGUGGACUGACGCGGCCGAAAGCGCUGGUGUCGUUGGAGUGCCCUUUUGCGCGAUUCUCGACUAUCCCAUGGGCACAGCAAGCGGCCACGCUGCAUUCCUGGAUCCAGAGGUGAAUAAAGCGAUCAAGAAAGUUCUUAACGAGUGGGGGAAAUAUCUCGAGUCUCCAGAAUCAGCAGAGGCUUUGGGAGAUCACAAACUUGGCUGGUUCGGCGAAACGGGCCGAAAUGACGUUAUGGAAGUUGCCAACGCUCCAUACAAGACAUCCAUGAAGUUCCAAGAGAUGUUUGUCUGUGACCCAACCGCCAAAUUUCACGGGUAUAAGUCCUGGGAUGACUUCUUCACUCGAAAGGUCCAUGAUAAAGCAAGACCCGUCGCAUCUCCGGACGACGAUAAUGUCAUCGCCAAUGCAUGUGAAUCCAAGGUGUUCAACAUUCAGCGAGAUGCCCAGUUGCGGGAUCGAUUCUUCGCCAAAGGCCAGCCUUACUCAGUCCUUGAUAUGCUCGCACACGAUCCGCUGGCCCAGCAAUUUGCCGGUGCGACGGUGUACCAGGCCUUUCUAUCUGCGCUAUCUUAUCACCGCUGGCAUUCUCCUGUCUCGGGGACCAUUCGGCGCGCAUUCGUCCAGGACGGCACCUACUUCAGUGAGCCAUUGUUCGAAGGCGUUGGCGAUCCUAAUAAUAAAGACAUCGAUACCGGUGGCAUAUCGGUGGGCCAAGGUUAUCUCUCUUCAAUGGCAACUCGGGGUAUCAUCUUCAUCGACGCUGACAAUCCUGCCAUUGGUUUGAUGGCUUUUAUUGCCAUCGGCAUGGAUGAGGUUAGCUCUGUUGACAUCACCGUAAAGGAAGGGCAGCAUGUCAAGAAAGGCGACGAGCUAGGCAUGUUUCACUUCGGCGGCUCGACUCAUUGCCUUUUGUUCCGCAAGGGAGUCAAAGUCUCAGACUUCCCCGAAGUGGGCAGAAAGGAAAAUGUCCCUGUCCGUGGUAAGCUCGCUGUCGUCACGCCUUAA